AUCACUUUGACUUGAGAGCUUAAGCAGCUUUGAGAUACAAGAAACCCAUCCUUCCCAGAUUUGCUCAACUUCAAAACAAUGCCUAUCAUAGAAAUUGUCCUGAGUGCUGUAACAACCGUUUUGUUUGAGAGAUUGGCCUCUCUUGAUCUGUUGAAAUUUGCUCGCAGCCAGGGAAUUCUUACCCAGGUGACGAAAUUGCGCAACGUUCUGAGGACUAUUCAAGCGGUGCUCAACGAUGCAGAGACUAAGCAAAUAAGGGACGAAGCUGUGAAUCAGUGGCUGGCGGAACUGAGGGAUCUGGCUUACGAUGUGGAUGAUCUAGUGGACGAGAUUGCGACAGAAGCUUUCGCCCAUGAAUUGAAGUUGGAGUCUGAAGCAGCUACCACAAGCAGGGUUCGGACCUUCCUCCCUACUUGUUGUAGUAAUUUCCCAAGAUCUGUUGGGCUCAAACUCAAGUUGGGCCCCAAGAUUGAGGAGAUCACUGCAAGAUUACAAGAUAUUGCAAAACUAAAAGAUGAUCUAGGUUUGAGAAUCAAUCCCGAAGCAAGGUCAAACACAGGAACAGAGAGAAUGACUGCUUCUUUGGUGGAUGAGCCCCAUGUUUAUGGUCGGGAAAAGGAUAAACAAGAAAUACUUGGAUUGUUGCUCAACGAUGAAUCAAGUAAUGAUGAACCAUCCGUCAUUCCAAUAGUUGGUAUGGGCGGUCUUGGCAAGACCACUCUUGCUCAACUUGUCUACAAUGAAGAGAAAGUCGAGGAUUUUUUUGAUCUGAAAGGUAUCCACAACCUCACCUCUCUUGAUAUCCUGCUUAUCCAAGAUUGCCCUAAUCUUCGUUCCUUGCCUGACAAAAGGACACUCGACACACUCUCAAGGCUAAUGAUCACAGAGUGUCCACUUCUUGAACAACGGUACGAUGUUUGGAAUCUGGACUACGUAAAAUGGGAUCUCCUGCGUGCUCCUUUUCGAGUUGGAGCACCUGGAAGUAAAAUUAUUGUUACAACUCGAGAUGCACGCAUUGCAUUAACCAUGGGUUCCGUCCCAGCUUACAAUCCAAAGGUGUUGGGCGAUGAUGACUGUUUAUCUUUAUUAGCUCAACAUGCGUUGUGUACAAGCAAUUUUGGUGCCCAUCCAAAUUUGGAAGAAAUUGGCCUGGCUAUAAUGAAAAAGUGUGGAGGCUUGCCGUUAGCAGCCAAGACCCUGGGUGGCAUCUUGCGCAGUAAACGUAGCUCAAAUGAGUGGAAAGAUGUACUUGACAGUGAAAUCUGGGAUUUACCUGAGGAUCAGAGCGGCAUUCUUCCAGCUCUGAGAUUAAGCUAUCAUCACCUACCUUCUCAAUUGAAGCCGAUGUUUGGAUACUGCGCCAUAUUUCCGAAGGACUACUGGUUUGACAAGGACGAGUUAGUCUUGUUAUGGAUGGCAGAAGGAUUUCUGCAACAACCGCAAAGAAUGAGGAAACGCAUGGAAGAGUUAGGUGAUGAUUGCUUCAAUGAGUUGUUAUCAAGUGAACUUACUUUGCAAAAUUCCAUGAACUCUUCGAGAAUACACCAGAACACUCCUCCGACUCGAAAACAGCCACAUCAAAGUUGA